AUUAAUCCAAGCCAUUUUAUAGAAACUGCAUCUUUGGAAUAACAUGGCUCUUACUUUUCAUAAUGGGUUAAAUUAGUCUGAGUUCUGAAACAUUAUCUAAUACAAAUAGCAUAAUGGACGGGAGUAGUCUACACAAAAUAAAAUGCUGCCCAGCAAAUCAAUAGAUUUAUGUGAAUAAUUUGUACUAGUUUUCUCAUGCCAUCUAAAUGUCAUGUCACAUCCUUCCUGAUCAGUUCUGUAUAUAUAAAACCAUAAGGAAACAGCUGUGUAAGUUCAGAAGUAUCCAAGUAAGAAAAGGGGCUCUUUUUAUACAUUAGGUAGAUGUGCACUAAUAACAUUUGGUGAGUACAGUUGCCAUAUAUUAGUGAGUUACAUACAAGUAAGCCAAGGCUACGAUGUUCUUAGUAUUAAUUAAAGAGAUUUUUAUGUAACAAUGAUUUCCAAUUACUGGGUAAGUGCUGAAUUCUUAAAUAGCCAUUAACAUUAUUGUCUUCCUUGGAGAUCUCUUUUAAUUUCACUGAAAGACAUCUGAAAUAAUAUGUAUUAUUUUUUAAAAAGUGGGAUAGAACUUUUAGAACAUAAAAUAGUAUAAAUGAGAUUUGGAAAUUAUAUUCUUCCCGUUCUCCAAAUGUACAAAGUAUGAUGGAUUGCAGGGAAACAGGUCAAAUGGAAUCUGCAAUCAUUCUACCUGUACUUUUCUUUGGAAUCUGACAAGUAGGAACCUCUGUAAAAUAUCUCCUUUUACAGAUUGCUGAGGAAGAAGAUAGACUGCAUUGCUUCUCAACUCUGAAAUGGUGCCUCAGGGCUUAGCUUGACAAGUCAGAACUGUAGAGACCUUUUUUGAACUGGAGAAACUCCCAAGGCUCAUGGCUGGGUGCCUUUGGAGAGCACAAGAUCUCUUUCUUAUAAAGUGACCUCUAAUUUUCUUCAUACAUUUUGAUGACUUGCCUUCCAAAUCUUUUCAUCGUUUGUGUGUGUGUUGAGUCUAUUUGUCAUUUAGCUGCUAUAACUGAAGCAGGAGAAAUGGCUGUCUUAAUUCAAUACCACAGUUCAGUACACUGGGUUUCAGCCUCAGACAUUCAAGGCACACUGGAUGGACAAGUUACUUUGUCUUUUUCCAUUAAAAAUACUUAUUUCCAUUUUGCUUAUUUUUUAAAGUGACAAAUUUUAGCAAAACAGUGAACCCUGACACCAACCCUGGGACUCACUGUUGCACUAUGGAAACCCCAUGGCAAUUCUAUUGAUGGAAUGGGAGGGGAGGGGGAAUUAAAGGAACAUUUCACCGUGUUUUCAUAUCCAAGCACAGAUUAAAGACACCUUCACCUGACACCUGCUGGGGUCCUCUAGAGGUCUAAAUGGAUUAUGUCAUUGAUCUGCACCUGACUGGGAUGUAUCUAGACAAGGUCUACACAACCUGUGACCCUCCAGGUAUUUGUGACUUCAGCUCCCAAAAAUCCUGUCUAUUGGGCAAGCUGGCUAGGGAUUGUGGGAGUCUGAGUCCCAAACACCUGGAGGGCUACAGUUGUGCAGGCCUGAUCUAGACAUUUCUCCCGCCUCUACAUUCUUGACCAGCAAUGGAAUCGCCAUGGGGAAGGCUAUCACGGAACAGUUUAUCCCAAUGUAAUCUCAGUUUGAAGAAGCAGAGGAGUCGAAGCAUCUUUAGCACCUUAUUCUGCUGCUUUCGUGACUACAAUGUUGAGCCACCAUCUUCCAACAGCACCAGUGUCCUUCCUCCAUUGGUGGAAGAAAAUGGCGGGCUUCAGAAGGGUGACCAGAUGCAGGUCAUUCCCAUUCCAAGUCCACCAGCUAAAUACCUCUUGCCUGAAAUGACAAUAUCUGAUUAUGGGAAGAAAUGUGUGGUUAUUGAUUUAGAUGAAACACUAGUGCACAGUUCCUUUAAGCCAAUUAGCAACGCUGAUUUUAUUGUUCCAGUUGAAAUUGAUGGAACUAUACAUCAGGGGUGGCGAUGGGAACAGGAGAAGAGAAAAGUGAACGAGGUUUAUGUAUUAAAACGACCGCAUGUGGAUGAAUUUCUCCAGAGGAUGGGAGAGCUGUUUGAAUGUGUUCUGUUUACAGCCAGUCUAGCAAAGUAUGCAGACCCAGUGGCAGACUUGCUGGAUCGCUGGGGUGUGUUCAGGGCUCGGCUCUUCAGAGAAUCCUGCGUUUUCCACAGAGGAAACUAUGUGAAGGAUCUAAGUCGACUGGGGCGAGAGUUGAGCAAGGUUAUUAUAGUGGAUAACUCCCCCGCGUCUUACAUCUUCCAUCCCGAGAAUGCAGUGCCGGUGCAGUCCUGGUUUGAUGACAUGACAGACACAGAAUUGUUAGACCUCCUUCCGUUCUUUGAAGGACUAAGCAAAGAGGAGGAGGUCUACACUAUGCUUCAUAAACUCUGCAACAGGUAGCCUUCCAAGCUGAAAUGCACUGCUUGGCUGCAGCCCCUCCGGGGGGUGUUCAGAAUUAACACAGCAUCUCAAAGAGGCUGCUCAUGUCAAGAGUUAUAAACACUCUCGAUCUUCCUCUUGCAAUGCUGUACAUGAAGGACAAUCGUGAACUGAUGCUACUAAAAUCGUGGGAAUACUGAUGCCGUAAGGUGAUAAGACUACUUUUUUAAGAAAAAAAAUAUAAGAAAUUGAAACAAAGCUAUUUUGAAUGGGACUGUUUUAAUGAAUUUCAUAAAUGGACACCUUUUACAGAUCCUGCUUUUUUUCUUAAAACAUGCCAAAAAAAGUAUAUUUAAAGCUUAAUGUUGUUUCAGCACGUUGACUUGACCCUUUCCCCUUCCCCACUCGUCCCAUCCCAUCCCGCUAUGCAGACCAUUCCCCCCCCCACUCCAUCCUGCUUAUAGAGCAGUUGACCUGACUCUGAACUUACUUUCUUCCAUGAUAAAAGUGCCUUUUCAAAUGUUGUUUUAAGAUUUAAAGGAAAAAAUUAA